GCCGCCCGGGAGCUCCGGGAGCAGGAGCGGCCGCCGCCGCCGCCGCAGUGUCCGCUCGGCCUUCGGCCGGCGCGCCCUCCGGGGAGGGAGGGAGGGAGCCCCGGAGCUCCGGAGCCUGGGCCAUGCUGCAGCAGCGGGACUGAGGCGCCGCCGAGCCAGGGCCGAGCGGAGCCUUCUCCGGGCCGCCCUCCCGCGCCGGCCUGUGCGCCCCGGGCCGCGGAGCAACGGCGGCCUCGGCCUCCGGCGCAGCCCGGAAAUGUCUGGCAAGAUCGAGAAAGCAGAUUCUCAGCGCUCUCAUCUCUCCUCCUUCACCAUGAAGCUGAUGGACAAAUUUCACUCGCCCAAAAUCAAGAGGACACCGUCAAAGAAAGGAAAACCAGCCGAUGUGCCUGUGAAAACCCUUGAGAAACCUGUGAACAAAGAGGCCACAGACAAUUUUCUACCAGAGGGCUACCCUCCUCCCUUGGAUCUGGAUCACCAAGCAGUACAAUUUAUGUCCACCAGUGCUGUGGUUCCCAGGUCUCAGAGGCAGAAGAAUCUCAGCUGGCUGGAAGAGAAAGAAAAAGAGGUUGUCAGUGCCUUGCGCUACUUUAAGACCAUUGUGGACAAAAUGGCUAUUGACAAGAAGGUAUUGGAAAUGCUUCCAGGCUCGGCCAGCAAGGUCCUGGAGGCCAUCCUGCCCUUAGUGCAGACUGACCCUCGAAUUCAACAGAGCUCAGCCAUCUCCUCCUGCUACAGCCGGGUGUACCAGAGUCUAGCCAAUCUCAUUCGUUGGUCAGAUCAAGUGAUGCUGGAAGGUGUAAACUCAGAAGAUAAAGAAGUGGUGACAACUGUGAGGGAAGUCAUCAAAGCUGUUUUGGAUGGAGUGAAGGACCUUGUCAGACUCACGAUAGAGAAGCAGGAGCAUCCAUCUCCCACGAGUCCAGUUAAGCCCAGCUCACCAGCCUGCAAGCCUGACAGCCAACCUGAGCUCCCAUUGACCGAUCGAGAAAUGGAAAUUCUCAACAAGACAACUGGCAUGUCCCAGUCAACGGAGCUGCUCAUUCCCGACUCCACGGAUGAAGAGGUUGCUCCUCCCAAGCCCCCCCUCCCCGGCAUCCGAGUGGUGGAUAAUAGUCCUCCACCAGCACUACCACCCAAAAAGCGGCAGUCGGCACCAUCCCCUACCAGAGUGGCUGUGGUAGCACCCAUGAGCCGGGCCACCAGUGGCUCAAGUUUACCUGUUGGAAUCAAUAGACAGGACUUUGAUGUGGACUGUUAUGCACAGAGGAGGCUGUCGGGAGGCAGCCACUCCUAUGGCGGGGAGUCUCCUCGCCUCUCCCCGUGCAGCAGCAUCGGUAAGCUGAGCAAGUCCGACGAGCAGCUGUCCUCCUUGGACCGGGACAGUGGGCAGUGCUCCAGGAAUACAAGCUGUGAAACACUAGAUCACUAUGACCCUGAUUAUGAAUUUCUGCAGCAAGACCUCUCCACGGCUGACCAGAUACCUCAGCAAGUAGCAUGUAACCUUAGCCCAUUGCCAGAAUCCGUUGGUGAAUCUGGCUCUCCUUUCCAUGGACAUCAUUUCCAGCUGCCACCAGGCAACUCCCCUCAGCCAGAGCUUGGCAAUCCCCUGCCCACGGUGCAUCCAACGGACAUGCCUCCUGCCUUGCCUGAGAAGAAGCGGAGGAGUGCAGCUUCUCAGACCACGGACAGCUCCAGCUGUCGAGUCUCCUAUGAGAGGCACCCCUCCCAAUAUGACAACAUCACAGAGGAUGAUCUCCAGAACCCAGCCUCCCUCCAGCCAAUAUCUUUCACGCCUUUCGCUGCUGUCCUCCCCUUCCAGCAAGGGGGCUCUUCGGCCCCUGUUGAGUUUGUGUCUGAUUUUGCUGCUCCCGAGUCCACAGGUGACCCUGAGAAACCACCUCCUCUACCUGAGAAGAAGAACAAACACAUGCUGGCCUACAUGCAGCUCCUCGAGGACUACUCAGAACCCCAGCCUUCCAUGUUCUACCAGACACCCCAGAACGAGCACAUCUACCAGCAGAAAAACAAACUCCUCAUGGAGGUCUACGGCUUUAAUGACUCAUUCACCCAGGAGCUGGCCCCGCCCCCUGCCCUGCCCCCCAAGCAGAGGCAACUGCAGGCCUCCUAUGCUGCCUCUUCCUUCUCUUCUGUCUCCUACUGUGUCCAGCCAACUAAAGUGCCCUUCACGCCCGAGGACACCAGUGCCACUCAGGGCCUCGGUAUGUCCAUCUCUAACUCCUUUCUCAGCCGGCACAGCUCCUUCCCUGUGCACUCGUAUAAAUCUGUGUUUAGGUCCUACUCCCAGGACUUCAUGCCUCACAACCAAGCUUCCGUUCCACCUUUCCUCUCGUCUACCUCCUCUUCCUCUCCACAUUUCCCACCUGUCCACCAGUCUCAGAGCUCUGACCUAGCAGUGCCAACCACAGCCAGCCUGCCUCCCAGCACUGUGGAUGGGCCCAAUUCCUGUUCUCAGGAGAGCAACUUGAAUGGGAAUUCUGUCUACCUUCCUUCUGAAACCUCUUUCACUGAUUCUCUCCAGACGCCUUCGAGUGAAAAUGCCAGUGAAGAUGCUGGUGAGGGUGAAUAUGUCAAUCUGUAUUCCUCUGGGCAAAGCAACGGGGAACUCCCUCACUCUGAAGGAGAGUCACCAGUUACAAAAGAUGGGCACCCCAAAGAUUCCUCCUCACAUAGCGCCCCUGGGAAAGAAAACAGAGAAGGUGGUGAGAGACAGCUAAAGUCUCCAGACGGUUUGGAAUCGACCCAGUCGGAGGAGGAAGUGGAUGAGCUCUCUCUGAUUGACCACAAUGAAAUCAUGGCCAGGUUAACGUUAAAACAAGAGGGUGAUGAUGGACCAGAUGUCCGUGGGGGAUCUGGGGACAUAUUGUUGGUCCAUGCAACUGAGACCGACAGGAAAGAUUUGGUUUUGUACUGUGAAGCUUUUUUGACAACCUACAGGACGUUUAUCACUCCCGAGGAGCUCAUUAAGAAGCUACAGUAUAGAUAUGAGAAAUUCUGCCCCUUCCCUGACACGUUUAAGAAGAGAGUCAGCAAGAAUACUUUCUUCGUGCUGGUGCGGGUAGUAGAUGAGCUGUGCCUGGUGGAAUUGACUGAAGAGAUUCUGAAGCUCUUGAUGGAGCUAGUGUUUCGAUUAGUGUGCAGUGGGGAGCUGAGCCUUGCCCGAGUCCUCCGGAAGAACAUAUUGGACAAAGUGAACCAGAAGAAGAUGCUGAAGUGUGCCAACUCUGACCAGCCCCUGGCUGCUCGAGGAGUGGCCGCCAGGCCUGGGACUCUGCACGACUUCCACAGCCAUGAGAUUGCUGAGCAGCUGACGCUGUUAGAUGCUGAGCUUUUUUAUAAGAUAGAGAUCCCAGAAGUUUUGCUUUGGGCAAAAGAGCAGAACGAAGAGAAAAGCCCUAACUUGACACAGUUUACUGAGCACUUUAAUAACAUGUCCUACUGGGUUCGUUCAAUAAUCAUGCUGCAAGAAAAAGCCCAGGACAGGGAACGGCUGCUUCUGAAAUUCAUCAAGAUCAUGAAGCACUUGCGGAAGUUAAAUAACUUCAACUCCUAUCUGGCCAUCCUUUCAGCGCUGGACUCAGCGCCUAUCCGAAGGCUGGAGUGGCAGAAACAGACCUCAGAGGGUCUGGCCGAGUACUGCACUUUGAUUGACAGCUCUUCCUCCUUCCGGGCCUAUCGGGCAGCUCUUUCUGAGGUGGAGCCUCCCUGUAUCCCAUACCUGGGCCUGAUUCUGCAGGACCUCACCUUUGUUCACCUUGGAAACCCAGACUACAUUGACGGGAAAGUGAAUUUUUCCAAACGUUGGCAGCAGUUCAACAUCCUGGACAGUAUGAGAUGUUUCCAGCAGGCGCAUUAUGAAAUCCGCAGAAACGAAGACAUUGUGAACUUCUUCAAUGACUUCAGCGACCACCUGGCCGAGGAGGCCUUAUGGGAACUCUCUCUCAAAAUCAAACCCCGGAACAUAACUCGGCGAAAAACAGAUCGAGAAGAGAAAACCUAGGAGGAGCCAUGAGCGAGAGUAUCGCUCGAGAGACACACAGUAGGCAGCUAUGAGACUGGAAUAGACGUUUGGGCCUGUUACUGGACAACUCACCCCAGCCACAAAACAGGAUUCUCCACCCUGCCCUGCCCCCGCCCCUCACCAUCACCCUGGGUCUUCAAAUGCCCAACUCUCAGAGCCAAAUAGCUUGUGUUUGGGCCCGCCCAGCUGGACAGCAGCUCCGGAAUGCCAAGGCCAGUGCCUCCAGCCAGUGCCGGGAAUUCUCUUCCACAUCCACUUUCCCCAGAUGCAGCCGAGACUUCACUCCAUACCUGGAGGGAGGAGACUCAGACAAACUCAGCAGAUUCCAUGCAGGCUUUGUGACUGGUUUGUAACCUGGUGUUUCCCUUUUUGGACGGUUGACUGCUUGUCUUCAAGCCCUGUUUAACACUGUGAAGAUGCAGUCAACCCAGGCCCAGGCAGCAGAAUGAGGGAAGAAUCUCUACCCGAGCCCUCCCCCCACUUUCUCUAUCUGUGACUCUCCUGAGAGAACAGGAGGGGCUAAGAAGCCUUAACACCUUUGGUGUAAAGGAAGGGCCCCCAUAGAAAAAGCUGUGCAGGUUAGGAAGGAUGCGGUCUCUUUGUGGAGAUGGUUUUUGGGGGGUGUGCACGGCUGAGGAUAGAAUUGAAGAGAUGCUUUCCCCAAUACCCACAGUUUAUCUAGUGCCCCACAGGCAGCUACCAUCCAGCUGGGUACAGUGGUAUGUGUUGCCAAGGUGUCAUCUCUUGCCGGCAUCCAGACUCGGCUUUCUAAAAGCAGAGGGUGUCAGACACCUGUCUCUUAUCCCUGUAGACGCUCCCGCACCUUCAAAAAGCUGCUGCGCUCUGGGUCUCCCAGGAGUCCAGACUCCCUAGUGACAGUAGCAGUCCUGGCUUCCUGAGGUAUGAGGGCAGGAGCAAAUGUCAGUGUCAGUGUCAGUGUCAGUGUCAAAAAGGAUGGAUGCCCAUCCAAGAAGUUCUGCUGUAAACCACAAGGCCUUGGAGGAGUUUAGACUCAGGUCAGAUGCAGGGGAAGCAGCUUGUUUGAUCAGACAGACAGACAGAUUGGUCUGUCUCCAGGGCCCCCCCCCCCCCAAAACUCCCCCUUAAUACUUCAUCAUCUUCCCACACUUAAAAGGCACCUCUUUGUUAUUGAUUCCUGUGAAGCUUCUCUUAGAAGCCAUGCACAGUAAGAGAGAGAGGCUUGGAGUGAGGCAGGGCUUUACCAUGAGAGAAAGAUAUUCCAUAUCAGCCUCUGUUCCUGGAGGCUCAUUUUCUGGAAUGAGGGAAGAUUGUCUUGGCUUGCAGAGUUUGAUUGGAGAAGGAGAGAUAGGUGUGAAGGACAUUUCUCAUAUUCUAUUUUUCUCUGCUGCCAGCCAGCCCAGUUCCCUUCUGUCUCUGGAGAAUUGUGAGCCCCCCGAUCCCGAGUUCCAUUCCGAUCUGCUUCGUGCGUGCCUUAAACUUCACCUCCCAUCCUCUCUGCACCUCUUCUCUUGCCAUUUCCUUCCUUCUAGGACGCUUCAAGGCCUCUUAGGAUGACUGGUUCCUCUGGCCCCAACAGAGCCCAUUGAAUCGACUUUUGUCUUUCUUUAGGAAGAAUUCUGCCUCUCAACAAGAUUUGCUUUAGGUGAUCCCUUCCCCUAUUUAAGUCAUGUAACAGAGAGGAAAAAGGUGUGGCUGUUAGAAACAGACAUGGUAGAAUGAAAUAGGUUCCCCAACUAGUCAUUUAACAUAUUGGGGUCCCCUUGAUCUUGGGGCAUUUCUUUGAUUCCACACCAGUGCUGCUUCCACGCUGCAUAUGGAGGACACGGUUGACUACACAGAUUGACAAUCCAGCAAAGACUUUGAAGGAGGAGAGUUGCAAACUUAUUUGGGGAGCAUUUUAGACUCGCUCUUUGGGGAAAGGGGGAGCAGUGAAGGAAAUGGAAAUCCUCUUGGUCAGACAGAACCUAGAGCUUCCCAAUGAAAGGACAGAGUCUUUCAAAAGUAGAUUCCCGGCUCCUGCUGUUGCUCAUCUGGUGCAUUUUACAAGCAGAUGGCCCAAGCCAGGAGGCUCUGGGGUAAUGAAACCAUGACCUGGGUGGGGGGAGGGGUGGGAGUGUGGCAUGCACAGGGUGCUUCAUGCAGGGUCCCCCUCCCCAGUGGGACAGAGUCAAGCGGCCCUCUGGGGCUUUUGCUGUUUCCAGCCCCAGUUUUAACAUUAAUGGAACAACAACAACAAGAAAAUCAACAUCUGUUGAUUAUUUAAACAGAUGUGGGAGUUAUGGUUUUUUAGAGAUAACUAGGACACUUCAUUUUGCCGUCCAUUGUGGGCCUUUUGGUAUCUUUUAUCAAGAAGACAUUAUUUUUUUUCUGUAAAUAGAGAGGAGAGAAAAAAAGGAAUCUGAAAUGUUGGGCAGAUCUAGAACAGGGGUUCUGAAAGAGUCACUUUAUUAUUUAAAGCGUGCAUUGUAGUCUAGAUGGCUCAUUAACAGUAUUGUUUGUGUGACUUGUUUUCCUUUUGUUCUGUUUUCUUUCCCUUUUUCUAAGUUGUCCUUUCAUUUCAAUCAUUUUCCAGCUUCAUUCCCACAUCUGCCUCUGGACCCUUGGGUUUGGGGGGGAGGGGUUGCCCACAGAAGCGUGCGUGUGUGUGUGUGUGUGUGUGUGUGUGUGUGUGUGUGUGUGUACACGUACCUCUGUGUGCUUGUGAAACAAUAGGUGCUGGGGGGCAAGGGGAAGUCCUGGGAAUGUAAGAUGACCCCUGGGCUUCAGGACAGGCCUGUAGGAGACAGUCUCUGGCUACUGGCCCGGGCAUGUGGUUUUUUUAGUUUCUUCCUCAGAAAUAAGCCCCCAAUCCCAUCCCCACCCCCCAGUCCACUCCAGCUCCAGAUUCAUUCUUGCUGCUGGCCUUAAUUCCCCAGCAGUGAGUUAGGGAUCCCCUUUUCCCACCCUCUCAAUCUGGAUACUUAUAUGUGAGCAGGGACCCCCUCAUCCCGGCCUGUUUUCUUUGAACACUCCCCCAUAGUGGGGAGGGUGCAGAGAUGGAGAGCAAAGUGGGUGUACAUCUUCAAUGUUCUGUCUCUAAGCAAGCUGGCAAAGGUUGCACCCAAGAUAUGGCCACAGGGUGAAUAUCCCCAGAGCUGCAUUGCAGGUGCCUCCCUGCCUGCCCUCCCACCACCUCUCCCAGCCUUUGCCAUUUGUGGUCUGAGCCGAGUGCCUUGCUGAGCUCAGAUGGCUCCACUGAGCUGUUGUAGGUGGAAAGGGAUCCACUCUAGGUGGUCCUGGCCUGCGGCCCAUUGCAUGAGUUCAUAGAGUGAGGUGCAGUAUUUUUAAUUUAUUGGUGAAGAUUUGGGCUUUCCUUAUACCCCACCGUCAGAGUUUCCCUCCCAGCCUCUACCAUUCCCCAGCUCAGUGCCACGGGCCUGGGACUGUCAUACAUAUUUCAUUUCCUGCUGGGGAGAGGUGAGGGCCGAGUGGGGGAGGUAAGUGCGGCCUAAAAGGACAGAAGGGAUCAGGGCUGAUUGCUUUCCACACAGAAAGGUGGGUCUCUUCUGCCACCUACGUGUGCCAGGCUGGGAGUAGCCCAGGGGCCAAUGGCCAGCCCAUAUUUGAGGUAGAAGCCACUGGUUUCCUGCCUGUUCCUUUCUAGAGCCUCCCCUCUCAAAGGCCCUUCCCCCCUCCCCAUGUUACAUUGUACUAUAUAUUCCCUACUAACCCAUCCCGAUAGUGACAUCUCCAUGCAGACAUUUCAAAUGUGUAACUUUUAUAUUAAAGAAAAAUAAAUACUGAUGAAAGCC